CAUCACGAAACACAUUGCACAACCAGCAUGGCGGAAAAAGAAGAAAUUUCGAGCGCUGAGACUUUGAAGAGGUUUGCUCAGCGGGUUACGACAUCAAGCACGAAAGAACGAAUCAGUCUGCUUCAAAACGUGACAGUAUGUGUUGGCAAACCCGAUUUCCCAGAAAACGCUGUGAAAGGUGUAUUCAAGUUCCUUUCUCUUGCCAUUGGUCGUUAUGAAGACAACAGGUCCAGGCAGGCUGUAAGAAACCUUGUGCGGGAACUAGCUAAAGUGCAUCCUGUUGCCACCCUUAAGAAUGUUUCAUUGGCUCUUAAUUCGGAAUCUGAAGCACAGAAAAAAAGAGUUCAUGCAAGUCGCAGUUCAUCAGGUGAUGCUUUGUUUGCCCUAACCUGGACAUGUAUUGUACUGCAAGAAGUUUGGAUGGCAAAUGUCAAAUGUGACAAAAAUGACGUAAAAAGCUUGGUCAGCGUCCAAUGUGGACUGAUAUAUGGAGCCCUAGCUGCUGGAUGGAAAUCAGUUUCAGAAUCAACAUUCAGGAAAAUGUCGAGACUGUUCUCAUUGAAUAAGGAGAAGACAAUUAUGUAUGCAGAACUUCUUCAAGAGGUAGAGCCAUCAAUGUUCAACUUAAGUGCUGUUUCCAUGUUACUGAAACAUCUAGCCAAAACCAAAGACCAAGAUUUACUUUCAAAAUUAAAGGGUCCUUUUGUGGAGAUGUAUGUAAAACAGAUUCUUGGUACUCGUAAUAAACCAUCCAAGAUGUUAUUGGAGAGUUGUAAUGAGCUGCUGCGACACCUGAAUCAUGCAGAAUUCAAAGAAAAUGUACUUCCAGCAUUACAGAAAGCCAUGUUAAGAAGUCCAGAAAUCAUUUUGGAGGCUGUUGCAAGUCUCUUGCUUGGGGUGACCAUUGAUCUCGGACAGUAUGUUCAAGACUUGUCUAAGCCUCUUGGAAUACAACUUUGUUCCAAAGAAGAUGUUUCUCGCCAGGAGGCAACUGUAGCAUUUACCAAUCUUGCUAAACAGUGUAGUGACUCGGGAGCUGUGGAAAAACUGGUCUCCCAUUUGUUUGGAGUCCUGAAUGGUUCUGAGGGGAAACUGACUAUUGCUGACCAGAGAAUCAGUGUCCUUCAGGCGAUAGGAAGUGUCAGUCAGAAUUCUGUCAGCGGCGCAAACACACUGGAAAGUCUAAGUACCACAGUGGCUGAGAAGUUCCUGCCCCUACUACAGAGUGAGAUUCAUGAAGCCACUCUUGUCACUGCAUUGAACAUGAUGUCACUUUGGUGUGAGAAAUUCUACAUAAAUGUUCCAGACAAAGUGAUAGAGUGGUUCAAGAAAGGAAUAACUUUAAAAACGUCUACAUCAGCUGUCAGGAAUGCUUAUCUUCAGUGUAUGAAUGCCUCCUUUCAUGGUGAUACCUUGACACAGACCUCCAAAGUACUGGACAUUCUGACACAAACUAUCAAUAAAGCAGUCAAUCAGUCUAGCCAAUCACAGCUGGUGACAGAAGCUCUCACUGCUUGUUGUUUGUUAGCUAAAUUUUCAGUGGUGGAUGAUAUCCAAUCAGAAUCCAAGAUGGGACCAUUUUGGUCCAUCACCAUGGAAAACAACAAGCAGUAUUUCCUACAGGAAAAGUUUUUGUCUUCAGUUAGUGAUGAUGUCUUGAACAAUGUUGUUUUCCUAGCAGAAAAAAUGAUUUUGGAAUAUCCCCAAAAAAUGACUGAAAAAAUAUCAAAACCAUAUUACAAAGCCUUAGUUUUCUGUGUUACACACAAAUCUCGAGCUGUGAGGAAACAAGCAAUAGAAGUAGUGAAGCGAUUAGUUUCCUUACUUGGUGGAACAGCCAUCUGUCUAAGUCUUGUGAAAGAAUACGAAGAAAUGCUGGAAUUGCAGAAGUUAAUUGACCCAGAAACACUGGACAGUGAAAAAGAAAAUUCCCCAGAGGUCACCAAGUACAUUACUCCAGUCGUCUUAGUGAGAGGUCUCAUAGCUGUAACCUCUGUAGACAAGGCUGACCCCAAGGACGCAGAGACCAUUGCCAUGGCAACUGUCAAAUCAGCUCAUCACCCCUGUAUAGUGUUUUAUAAUGCUUCAACCUGGACAGAUAUUCUGUAUCAGUUAAAACUUGAUGCUAGACAAUUUUUAAUGAAGAAUGUAGACAAAUGUUUAGGAUUUGUGGAAACAGGCACAGCAUUAGAUGAGUGCACACAGAAUGCCCUGUCAACAUUUGUGAGGAUAGCACCUGACCUGGUCCUGCCCAAGGUGAUAGCCUACAGUACAGAGUUACUUGGUAAGAGUGAACUGUUACUGGUGACACAGGCAGAGUAUGGAACCUUCUGUUGUCCUGAGGGAGAACUGUAUGACAAAUCUCUACUGCAGCAGUUUGAAAAUUCAGGAGAUGGGAAGGGAGCCAACAUAAAAAGAGAGAACAAAUUAUACUCAUAUGAAGAACAAAUGGCUGAAAUAGAGCUCAAGAAGGAGUUGGAAAAGAAGAAAGGGAAAAAAGUCAAGGAACCCGUAAAGCUAACUAAGAAACAAGAGGAGAUGCUGCAGGCCCAGAAAGACAAGGAAACAGAGAUCAGAAAGAGGCUAGCUAAGAUGAAUGAAUCCUUGUGCUGUGGCUGUCAGAUCGUUCAGGCCUGUCUCCGUGGUAACAGUCAAGCUACCUGUGAUUAUAUGAAGGCACUCUGUGGGUGUCUUGUACCACUACUGAAGUCUCCCCUUGGAGCCCCAGAAGCCAGCAAAGUGUACCUAAGCUUAGGUCAAGCAGUGUUUGAGGAAAGAAUGCUGGGCGUGAAAGUCAGCAAUACUGGUCUCCGGCUUUUAGAACCUGCUUGUCCCAUGAGUGAAGAAUGGACCCGGGUUUCAGUCAGAGAACAAGCCACACACAUUGUACAGGUUCUGUGUGAGAGAUCAGUGCCUGAUGCAUCUGAUCCAGACAGAGAGACUGAAUUGUUUGAAGCCUCCACUUUUGUGUUUAUUUAUUACCUUCUGGCUGUCAUUUUACGUAAUGGGGGAGAAAUAGUGGGCAGUGAUGAAUUAACAAUGUGUCAGAGCCUGAAGAUGAUUAUUGCCCAUGCUCAGAUGAGAAAAUCCAAGUCUGGAAAUUUUUCCAACCCUGAAUUACUUCCUCACCAUGAUAUCCUGAGAACCCUACUCCAAGUGAUUGGAACAACCUCUUCCUCUAGGAUUCAACAAUUGGCCAGUACUGCCUUGGUGGAGGUGGCAGAUUCCAUUUCAGGAAAAGAGGGGUGUGCAAAAGCUGAUGAGAAAGACAUUGUGGUUCUGUUAGAAGCUCUGAAGUUACCAUCUGCUACAUCAAGAGAUUCUGCUUUACAGGGACUGAUAAGGCUGUCAGAUGUCCUGCCGAAUAUUGAUGAUGACCUUGACCUUGGGCUACAAAUAGCUCAGAGGGUGUGGGUUGUUAGUUAUGAUGAUGAUGACAACAUUAAACAACUAGCUGAAAUCUUACGGGAGAGACUCCAGCUUGAUGAACCAUAUGAAGAUCUGUGUCUUCCUUUGAUUGAUGACAUCAUACACCCAGAAGAAAUUGUGAGGAAGGCUGCAGCCAAGGCCCUGGAAAAAACAAUUAGUUGUCACCCUGAACUGAUCACCACCACCAUCCAACAACUCAAGGAAAAAUACCAGGAGAAGCUCUAUAUGCCUCCCCCAGUUCUGGACUCAUUUGGACGACAGAUAGGGGAACCUCCAUUGGAUGAAUGGGAGGGCCGCAGUGGGGUAGCCCUGGCAUUAGAGAAGAUUUCUCCACUUCUUCCUACAGACCAGAUACAGGAUCUAUUCUCCUUUUAUGUACCUCAAGCCCUGGGUGAUAGGUCACCUGAGGUCAGGACGCAUAUGAGAGAUGCUGCGUUAGCAACUGUUACUGCCCAUGGAAAGGAGAAUGUAAACAUCCUUCUGCCUGUGUUUGAGGACUGUUUGAGUAAUGCGCCAGACACCGCCAGCUUUGAUGCUGUACGACAAAGUAUUGUCAUCCUAAUGGGAUCUCUGGCCAAACAUUUAGAUAAAGACAAUCCCAAAAUUAAACCCAUUGUGGCUCAGUUGAUUGGAGCAUUGUCCACUCCCUCUCAGGAGGUUCAAGAAGCUGUAGCUAACUGCUUACCUCCCUUGGUGCCAGGGAUCAAGCAGAAUGCCCCUGAAUUAGUACAGAAGCUCCUCCAUCUCCUCUUGGAGUCUGACAACUAUGGAGAAAGGAGGGGUGCAGCCUAUGGCCUGGCUGGCUUAGUGAGGGGCCUGGGAAUCACCGCACUCAAACAGCUGGAGAUCAUGUCUACCCUGGAGGAGGCAGUCAAAGACAAGAAAAACCCACGCAGGAAAGAAGGUGCUCUGUUUGCCUAUGAGAUGCUUUGUACGAUGCUGGGUAAGCUGUUUGAGCCCUAUGUUGUCCACAUUCUCCCACAUUUACUUCUAUGUUUUGGAGACAACAGUCCUUAUGUUAGACAGGCAGCAGAUGAUACAGCUAAAGCAGUGAUGAGUAUGCUUACUGCUCAUGGAGUCAAACUUGUGUUGCCGUCAUUGUUAAAAGGAUUGGAAGAAGAUUCAUGGAGGACUAAAACAGGAGCUGUGGAAUUGUUGGGAGCAAUGGCAUUCUGUGCCCCCAAACAGCUGUCAGCUUGUCUACCAAGUAUUGUACCCAAGAUCUCUGAAGUUCUCACUGACUCUCACGCCAAAGUACAGAAAGCUGGAGCACAGGCUCUCAAACAGAUCGGGAAGGUCAUAAAAAAUCCGGAAAUUCAAGCCAUUGUACCAGUAUUACUGGACGCUCUACAGGAACCAGCCAAGAAGACAUUAGUCUGUCUACAGACUCUGCUGGAGACUAAGUUUGUCCACUUUAUUGAUGCCCCCUCCCUCGCCCUGAUCAUGCCUGUUGUGGAGAGGGCUUUUCAAGACAGAAAUACAGAGACCAGAAAAAUGGCAGCUCAGAUUAUAGGAAAUAUGUAUUCUCUGACAGACCAAAAGGACUUGGAUCCUUACAUAGAGAAGGUUAUACCUGGCCUGAAGCAGUCCUUACUUGACCCUGUACCAGAGGUCAGGACAGUGUCGUCUCGUGCCCUCGGUGCUAUGGUGAAGGGAAUGGGCGGAGCUAAGUUUGAUGAACUGCUGAAUUGGCUGAUGGAGACGUUGAAGUGUGAACAAAGUUCUGUGGAUAGAUCUGGAGCUGCCCAAGGAUUAAGUGAGGUGAUAGGAGGAUUGGGUGUCCAGGAGCUCCAUCGUCUGAUGCCAGGAAUUAUCCAAACAGCCGAGAGAAAUGACAUUCCCUCCCACGUCAGGGACGGUUAUAUUAUGCUGUAUAUUUAUCUCCCAGCUGUGUUUGAGAAAGAUUUCUUGGACUACAUUGGACCUAUUAUUCCUUCAAUUUUAAAGGCUUUAGCUGAUGAGUCUGAGUACGUAAGGGAUACAUCUCUCAGGGCAGGCCAGAGAAUCAUUAAUCUGUAUGCUGACACGGCCAUUGAGUUACUGUUACCGGAAUUAGAGAAAGGCUUGUUUGAUGACAAUUGGAGAAUCAGAUUUAGCUCUGUUCAGCUGCUGGGAGACCUCCUCUACAAAAUUUCAGGUGUGUCGGGUAAGAUGUCUACAGAGACAGCUCAUGAUGAUGAUAACUUUGGAACUGAAAACUCUCAGAAGGUCAUCCUUAGAGCCUUGGGUCGUGAGAGACGUGACAGAGUAUUGGCAGGGCUGUAUAUGGGACGUUCUGACACAGCCCUUCUGGUUCGUCAGUCUGCCCUUCACGUGUGGAAGAUAAUUGUGGCACACACUCCCAUGACUCUCAAGGAGAUCCUCCCCACACUCUUCUCUCUACUCCUUGGCUGUCUGGCCAGCACUAGUCAUGACAAAAGACAGGUGGCAGCCAGGACUCUAGGGGACCUGGUGAAGAAGUUAGGGGAGCGAGUUCUUCCAGAGAUAAUCCCGAUCCUGGAGAAAGGUCUGGACUCGGACCGAGCUGACCAGAGACAGGGUGUGUGUAUUGGACUGUCAGAAAUCAUGAAGGCCACCAGCAGAGAGCAUGUGUCAGUGUAUGCUGAUAGCCUGGUGCCAACAGUCAGGAGAGCAUUGACUGAUGAUUUACCAGAAGUCAGGGAGGCAGCAGCAGAAACAUUCGAUAAUCUCCACUCCAACAUAGGCCAGAGGGCUUUGGAUGAAAUCCUACCUGUCCUUCUUAAACAGUUGGAUGAUGAAGAAAAGUCAGAUUCAGCUUUAGAUGGGUUGAAACAAGUGAUGACUGUGAAGAGUAGAGUAGUCCUGCCAUAUCUUGUUCCACAGUUAACAGCCCCUCCAGUGAAUACUCGAGCAUUGUCGUUCUUGUCCUCUGUGGCUGGCGAUGCCUUGACCAGACAUCUGUCCAAAAUCCUGCCAGCUCUUUUGUCAGCUCUUAGUGGUAAAAUGGACACCCCAGAGGAGGCAGAGGAAAUAGGAUACUGUCGUACCGUAGUACUAUCUGUGACUGACGACGUGGGAGUAAGGACGGUAAUGCAGGAACUGCUGAGUGCCUCCCAGUCCCCCACAAACAGUGAGUGCUGGAGUGCAGUAGUGAUCCUCCAUACGUUUUGUGAGAAGUCAAGUGCCGAUUACUCGGAUUAUCUCCCUCAGUUGUUCCGCGGACUGAUUGCUCUGUUUACAAGGUCCUCAGACAAAGUGUUACAUGCUGCCUGGGAUUGUCUUAAUGCUGUCACUAAGAAAAUUGAUCCCACAGAAAUGUUUCAACACAUCGCAGAUGUCAGACAAGCUGUAAGAUAUGCUAUGUCAGACUACAAAGGAAAAGAAUUACCUGGAUUUAGCUUGCCAAAGAAGGGAAUUGCACCAGUGUUACCAAUCUUUAGAGAGGGCAUUUUAAAUGGCUCUCAGGAAAUGAAGGCCCAAGCAGCUGAUGGAUUAGGAGAAUUGAUAAAUAUCACCAGUGCAGAAGCACUUAAACCAUCUGUUGUCAACAUCACAGGUCCUCUCAUCCGUAUUCUUGGAGACAGGUUUACCUGGCAGGUCAAGGUUGCAGUUCUAGAAACUCUGACUCUACUCCUGGCUAAGGUUGGAGUUCAGCUGAAGCCAUUUUUACCACAGCUACAAACUACAUUCUUAAAAGCACUGAAUGACCCCCAGCGACAAGUGCGCCUCAAGUCAGCGUCUGCCUUGGGGAAGUUGACGGUUAUUCAUACGAGGGUGGACCCACUGUUUACAGAACUUCACUCAGCUGUAAAGAAUGCUUCAGACCAGAGUGUCAAGGACACCAUGCUCCAGGCCCUGAGGUUUUGUAUCUGUGGAGCAGGAGAGAAAAUGUCUGAUGCUUCCAGAAAGGGAAUCAUGGGAACUUUAGUUGGAAUGCUGGGAGUACAGGAGGAAUCCACUCGCACUGCAACCUCAGGCUGUGUGGGAUCUAUGUGCAAAAUCUUGCCGGAGGAAGAAUUGACUGAACUCAUGAUUCAACAGUUAUUAGAUACCGCGGAGAGUGGUGCCGACUGGACACUGAGACAUGGGAGAAGUCAGGCAUUAGCGGUGGCCCUCAAAGAAGCAGCACCAAAAAUCUGGAUCUCCUCCUUCCAAUCCAACAUUGUCAAGUGUCUUUCUGGACUUGUUGACUCAGACAAGGUGCCACUGUGUCAGAGUGGAUUGAGAGGGUUGGGAUAUGCCUUGCUGUAUCAAACCAAAUCAUCUGAUGUUGACACUGAACUAGUCAGUCUACUCAUCAAGGGAUUAAAGAAAGACUCCAAUGACAUUAAACUGUUAGUGACUCAGGUAUCCUCCCUGAUAGCCAGCUGUGACAAACCCCUCACUAUGUCAGCCAUUAAAGUUCUUGUCCCCGCUCUUGUAAUGGGCACUAAAGAGAAGAACACUAUGGUCAAAUCUAGCAGUGAAUAUGCCCUCAUCUCAGUUCUGAAACUUAGAGAGGGGGAUACCCUGCUGAAUCAAACACUUGCAGAACUGGAUGUUGGAAUGAGAGAGUCUCUAAGUGAUGUUGUUACAAAAUCUCUAAACAAACUCUGUAAACAACCUGAGCCACCAUUGGAUGAAAUAGAUGACACAAUUCUGAAGUGAAAUCACAUGACUCAGAGCUUUCCAAUCAAGUGUGUAGCUACUGUAUGGCUGAUGUCAUUUUCAUCUUUAAAUUAUCAGCUUGAAAACAAUUCUGGAGUUACUUAUUUUAUGAAUUCACUUUUUCACAUACAUACAAUGCAGGACUGAGGAGUUUCAUCAUUUUGUUCAUCCAAGUUUUUUUUUUAAUUCCUAUUUUGUCAUGAGACACUAGGUUUAAAUCAUGCAAACACAUUUGUCCUUUUUUUUGUGAUUUUUGAAAGAUUUUAAAUUUAUAGAUAUUAAUUUCAAGACAUUUAAAAAGCAUUAUCCCGAGAUUUUACAGCAUACAGGCCUAAUGUAACUCUUGUGUGUUUUUGUUAUUUUUACAUGUAUAGGACAUUUCCAAUUGCUUUGGUCUAUAUUUGUUUUAGAUUUCUACAGUAUAGUUACAUUUGCUUGUAUUAAAACACUACAGAAUAAAUCACUAUGAAAAAGAAUAUAGUCUGAUGACAAGGUAUUUAUUUAAUUAUAGACCUUUGAGGCCCUCUUUUUUGGUUUUUGUUGUUAAACAAAUGCAGUAAAGAGACUUUGAUUGAUUUGUAUAUCUUGGAUGUUUAUGAUAUUUUUGAUGUCAGAAGUACAUGUAAAUCCUGUCAACCAGUCUGAAAAAAAGAGAAAGAUUUUAAAGUUUUGCUUUGUGUUGAUUUUGUUUUCCCAUUUUCAAUUAUAUUUGUUUAUUUUCAAAGUUGUUCUCCAGUAUGUACAUAGGGUACUCAAGAAAAUGAUGAACACAAUGUGUGAAAUGCAUGUACAAAAAAUGAUAGUGCUAUAUGUGCAUACCAUGCUCAUUAUUGAAAUAAAUCUAUUGAUUCAA